AAAGGCAAAAGGAAAAAAGUAGUAGUAGUUGACAAUAGUUAGAGUCUGCUGUGCUGACUGCGAGAUGUCCCUGUCAGGAAACUAGCUUGUUUUAGUCCCGUAAAGUGGUUUUUUAUGUUUCAUGGCGAUGAAAGGGAGCCGAUUAUGAGUGAUGGCACCAACGACAGGCCAAAAUAACACGGCCGCCAACCAACCGCAGACUCGUAAUGGGACAAAGGUGUACAGGAUUGUCGUCCUGGGCGAGGGUGGGGUCGGGAAGUCUGCUCUGACCCUUCAGUUUGUGAGUCAUAGCUUCUUGGAGUAUCAUGACCCAACCAUUGAAGAUGCAUACCAACAACAGGCUGUUAUUGAUGGGGAAGCAGCCAUCCUUGAUAUCUUGGAUACUGCAGGCCAGAUUGAAUUUACUGCUAUGCGAGAUCAGUAUAUGCGCUGUGGAGAGGGUUUCCUGAUAUGCUAUUCCUUAACGGACAGGAGAAGCUUUGAAGAAGUAGCUGGUUAUAGAAAGCUAAUUGCCAAAGUCCGUGCAGCAGACUCAAUUCCCAUUGUUUUAGUUGGUAAUAAGGUGGAUUUGGAUGAUCCCAUGCACAGGAAGGUUUCCACAGAAGAGGGACAGUCAUUAGCACAAUCUAUGGGAUGUCCUUUCUUUGAAACUUCUGCUGCUCUCCGUCACUUUUGUAAUGACGCUUUUCACAUGCUUGUGAGGGAGAUCCGAAAAAAACAGAAAAGGCAAGCAAGCGGGGGGGAAGUUGCGCGAAGAAGCCCACUGUCUCGUUGGCGGAGGUUUAAAAACAUAUUUUUAUGGAUCUUUCGCCGUCCACGAUACAGGUAGAAGUGGAACUAGGGAUCCAUUGUGUGUGCAUGUGGAUCUGAUGUAUGGAUCUUCAAUAUGUGGUGUUUUUUCAUUCAUUUUCCUUUUUUCCAGGUAGUAGCAGUAGUAGUCAUAGAACUAGUUAGGUAUCAUUUUGUGAAGAAGAGAUUCUGCAAACUUGAUAUGACCAAGAUUACAAAAGACAGAAGAUAGGGAAGAGAAAUAGGACAUAUUCAGUUAUGGUGGCUUUGAUGUCAAAUAGCUGGAUAUUCCUUUAACUGCAGACAUAGGAUACGUGCAGUGGCAUAGUUUAGUUGAAUUUUGUGGUGUAAUGCCAAAGACAAAUAUAUUCUAAACAUUGUAUUUAUGUUAAGCAUUUUGAGUACGUAGGCUUCCCUUUCUGAGUGAAUGUGAUAAUAGGAUUUUAGUGUGAAUUAUUUUGAUACCAUUUCAAAGAAAUGACUUAGGGAGGCUAUGGAGCCUUAUUUAGGGCAUGUGUGGAUCGUCCUUCAAUGAAAUGAGAAGUAGAGAUUUACUUGAUUUAAUUUUGGUCUUCUGUUGGACAGAUCAAAACAUGCAUUUGUCUGCUCAGUUCAGUUUUAAAAAGAUCCCUAGGAUGUGAAGUAGUAAGUGCCAUGAAUUUUGGGAUUAUAAACAAAGAAAUGACUCGAUACCUUUCAUUCUGAGCGAACGUUAUUGGAAUCGAUCGUGUAGGCAUUAUUUGAUAUGCUUUCUUGAAUGUAAAUUUUUGUUCAUGUUUUUUUGCACCUACUUCCAGGCUGUGUAGAAGGAAAUAGUCUCUAUAUGAAUGAUUGACCCUCUAAUAUUGAAAGGUAAGUAUGCUUGGACAUAUGUAUUUUUAAAUUUGGAAUAAUAUUAAAGAAAGGGGAAGUUGUUCGUCAUGUAACGCUCUUGUUACUAAGAUAUAUUUAGGGUGUGCUUUUAUCCAUAAACAGGUCUUGUGUGUGCGUGCGAUAGUUCAGAUUUCUUUUACCGUUUAUCAAAAAUUGUGAUACUGUUCCUAAGAUAAGUUAAGAAGCCUUUGAUUUGUAUGGCUUUCAAUUGUUUUCAAGUAUGUAUGCAGGCAUGCACGCAUUUUUGUAAGUACAUAGUAGUUAUUUUUAUUUAAGCAUUGUCUUUGCUUUCUUGGCCAGUUCAGUAGACUUUUGAUCAUUUUGGUAAUUUUUUAAUAUUUUAUUUGCAUAAAGUAUAUAUUUAACGCUACACUACCAAAAAAAUAAUUUAUUUUGAAGGUUAGAAAAAUUGUAAUGUAUAACCAAGAUAGUUGAUCAUGUUGGAAGUUUUAUUAUUUGCAUGAUUAUUAUUAUUCUUCAAAAUAUCAUGCAGCAUUUAUAGUGAAAAUAGUGUGCAAAUCAUUUCAGAGUAUUGAUAUUGUGGUAGCAUUCAAAUGUGAUGUGAAAUGUCAUAUGAUGGAGUUAUGGUGGUGUUGGCAUUCACGAAUGCAAUAAUCUGAAUACUAUUACUUUAAAAUUACCCGUGAGUGUACUGUUACCAGAAACUGUUCCUCUUUUUUGAGCCAUUUUGU